UUCUGCUGGCGUCGAUUCAGUCGUUUGGUAACUGUUGCUCCUAUCAGUCGGUCGCUCUUGGAUUGCGUGGGUAGUACAUCGUUCGUUCGGCUUCUUUGGGUUCGCCAUUUCGGGAUUUCGGUGUUUCGGUAUUUCGUAUUACGAUUCGGGUCGGAAUCGGGUGCGUCAGCCGGCCAUUGAGCACUAUCACUAUCACAGCCAAAGGCAUUUGCCCCACAACGCGACCGUGUGUGUUCUUAUUACUGUGGCAUAGCCUACCGAUCGGAUAUAUCCACUGAAAAUAAUAGAUAAUACCAUCCGGGUUAGAAUAAAAACCAAAACACACACUGCACACCCCCCAAAACAAACAAACACACCCACACUCACAUCUCAUAAAAGUAAAAACCAGAGCCACCGCGGCUGUAAAGUGCCACCGAAAAGUACUUGGCUGUAUAUUUUAUGCAUGAAAAGCUAAGGCAAGUGCAACCUAGCGCCGGAGUGACAUCAACAAAAAAAAAUUUACACAAAUAAGGAAACUCCAAAAAAAUAAACCCGGGAUUACCGCUUACACACAGAAGUAUAGAUACAAAGAAAAAAAUACUAAGGAAGCCAAAGGAAGUCAGCAGCGAAAUCAUGUCACGGAUCGUUUUUAUAUGUCUCGCAGCCAUCUUAACAGAUGCGCUCACCUGGGCCCAGGUGAAUGUGGAACCCAACACAGCGCUCCUCAACCAAAAUGAUCGCACCGAUCUGCUCUGUCGCUAUGGCAAAUCCAUCAACUACUGCCGGAUCGAGAUACCCGGGGAGCAGAAGGUCCUCAACCUGUCGCCGGAGUGGAACAAGACCCCCGGAUUCACGUACUACGGAGCGGGUCUUACGGCCGGACAGUGUGGUGUCAGCAUCGAAAGGGUCAAGGCCAGCAACAACGGCCAGGUCAAGUGCAGUCUGGGCGUCGAGGGAGAGGAGCUGACGGGCACCAUCGACCUGGUGGUGGCAAUGCGUCCCCAGCAGCCGAUCAUCGAGCUGUUGUCGAGGCCAAAUCGCGAGGGCUACUUCAGCGAGGGCACUGAGUUCAGGGCCCGCUGCAGCGUUCGCGAUGGUCGUCCGCCGGCGAACAUCUCGUGGUACAUCGACAACAUGCCGGCCAACAAGCGCACCACUCCCCUGGAGGUCAUGUCCUCGACCAACGACAACGUGGAGCUCUCGACCUCGGUGCAGGAAAUCCAAUGGCACCUGUCGCCCGAGGACAGCAACCGGAAACUGGUCUGCCGCUCACAUCACCAAACCGAUCGCGAAAGCAUUCCCCCUCAGGAAGCUGCCUACAUCAUCAACGUGCGAUAUGCCCCCGUCCACCAGCCAGAUGCCGCGGUGUACGGACUUUACCUCGAGCACACUGCCAUCGUGAACAUCACCAUCCGAGCCAGUCCGCAGCCCAAGAUCGAAUGGACCAUCGAUGGAGCGAUUGUGGGACAGGGCCGCACCGAUGGACGCUACUCGGCCUAUGAGCCCCAGUACAUGGGCAACGAUGAGUACAACGUGACUUUGGCCAUUGCCGGCCUGACUCUGGAAGAUACCACGAAAACCUACAAUUUGAGGGCCAGCAAUGAGCUGGGACUGACGGACUACCAGGUGCGAAUCAGUUCGUCGAGCAAACCGCCCAGCAGCAGCCUGGAUGUGGCCGCAAUUGUUGGCAUUGUGGUGGCCGUUGCCGUUUUGGUCCUGGUCGUUCUACUAAUUGUGUUUGCACGGGCCACUGGCCGAUGGUGUUUUGGCGGCAAAUCCAUUAAGACGCCCACAAAUGAAACUCUGAUAGACAAGCAACUGGAGUUGGGAACCCAGCAAAACCAUGGUCAAAACGUGGCUCUUUUGGAGACCCCCAAUGGCAUUACUUUGUUGGGCGCCACUAAAGUGCGCGAGUCCAAUGGAAAUGGUCAGGAUCGCAUGUCGGUCGAGAGACGCCAUCACGAUGAGGAUGACAGCUUUGAAUAUGGCACGGAUCGCGAGAGCAGUGUCUACAAUCCCACCACAAGACCCCUGAAAAGUAUCCUAAUGAGUCAGGCGGCAGGUCGUAACUCCCGCAGCUCUACGAGUGACAAGGAAGAUGGCCAUGAGAAUGCCGAUCUACUGCAGAAGGGCAAUCAGCUGGGAAUCCCCGAAUCGCGUUUCUCGCGAUGGCUGCCCAAGGAUCAACGCGAGCUGAUCGAAAAGCAGGCAAUGUUACUUUCGGGAAGGGGCAAGUCCAAGGCCCAGGCCCCUGCCACGCCCCCUAAGCCCCAGAGACCCCAAAAUGGAGAGGCAAAUACCACAAGUACUACCAAUACAAAUGCGACGACAACUACACCGACAACGCCAAAGUUGCCACAGGAAACGGAAAUCUAAGAGUGUGCACGUGUGUGUGUGCGCGUGUGGCAUUCAUAUUUAUUUAUUUCUUCUUUUUGGGUACAGGAAACGCGCAGCAGGACUAGGGAUGGAGCAUUUUUUUUGGAAUCGAGAACUUUUAGGGAGCUUUACCAUUAAUGUCAAGAAUUAUAGUGGAUGAAUGAACUCUGUCAGCUCCGCCUUAAGCUUUAACAUACAUUCGAGUGCCUUUCUCUAGAGAAGUCUGCCAACUAUUGACUUUGAUAAAAGUUAAAACAUGAUUUAAAUUUCACUAAACUUUCACUUGAAAAGCACCCAAAAGUAUGCUAUAAAAUGUUUGCUUCGAUUUUUGAACUUGAACUAUUUUCUUGUGAGAUUUAACGCUCCCUAACAACAAAACCAUAAAUAUACCUUCUACUUGGCAGAAAAUGUAUAUAAUUUUAUUAUUUAAAGCAACAUUUUAGCAAUUUUUUGAGACAGUGAAAACAGAUCUUCCUUAAAUUCGACACUUCUGAAAAGAUUUUAAAUCACCAGAUAAUUCUCAAGAUAGGGACUCCUUGAAAAUUAGACUAACCCGAUGGAAAGCUGACUCCAAAUUAGGCUCAAAGCUUUUUAUUCACUCACGAAAGUUUCUUCGUCUACACAACAAAAAACAAACGAAACAUCAAAACCUAUAAAUAGAUAAUCCAACUUAUUUAUUUCAUAGUUAUUAAAGCUGGCAUGCAAUUAAGUUUUUAUCGAAUACAUAGUUUGCAUGGCAAGCAUGAGGAAAAUAUAUCAUUGAUACACAAAAAUAUUAAUUGUAGUCACUGUAGAACAAAGUCAUCAAGUGAGAUACAUAUAGACAUAUGCGCAUCAACAAAGUGUUCAACUUAAGCAGCGCACACUGUUCUUUAAGAGCGAAAAGCAACAUCCUUAUAUUUUCGAUUAUUAUUAUGUUCGAGCUCGUUUAAGUUGGAGUAAUAAUAAAAUAUAAAUUAAUAUCUAGUAAUUAGAAACGAAAACGAUGAAAUGUAGUUAGGACCUUUUGAUACCUUCCUUCAUUAUUUUUUACAAAACGUAUGUUUAAUAUUUAAUUAACAACAAUAAAUAUUGUUAAAACUGCGA